AUGGGUCGCUGGACAGACCUGGAUAGCGUAACCUCCCUUGUACACCUCCUGCCAAACCAGACCACUCACAACCCCCAGGACGCCGAGCGCCUCCCCCCAGGCUUCGAGCGCAUAGGCUACGACGCCGACACCCAAACCUACACCUUCCGCGACGCAUCCGGCCGCAUCUACGAAUCCGAGCCUGGAAACCGAUACGGCGAGCUGCGUGCAACGGGCGAGCACUCGCAGCCCCCGUCCGACGAGCAACGACGCGAGCAGGACGAGAUGAUAGAAGAAGGCAAUAGGAGCGCCGUGCGUAUGAUGUUGCCGUUUGCGCUGCUGGUGCUGGUGUUUCUGUUCCUGGUGUUUAAGCUUGUGAAUAGGAGUGAUGGGCCUGAUACAGUUGUUGCUGGCUGUGGGGAUGGGGAGCGCCAGUUGCGGGUCGAGAAGGGGAAUACGUGUUGGGCGAUUGCGGAGGCGAAUGGGUUGAGUGUUGAUGAUGGUAACGAAGGAUCAUUCUUCACCAACCCGAUUGGUAUGCAGGAGGCCCUAAUCGACUACCCACCGAUUCUCCCACAGCCAGAUAGAAGACUACUGCGUUACAAGAGGUCCAUGUCAUAA